AUGCCACCAAUUCGCAAUAAAAACGAAAAGAAUUUAGCAGAGCAAGAGGGGCGGAUCUUGUUAGCUAUUUCCGACUUAAAAAAUGGAAAAAUCUCAAGUGUGUAUCAAGCUGCAAUCAUUUACAAUAUUCCUCGGACGACGCUAUAUGACAGGUUAAACGGAAUUCAACAAAGAUCUAUAAUACGUGCCAAUGGACAUAAAUUGUCUCAAUUUGAAGAGGAAUCACUUGUCAAAUGGGUACUCGAUCUAGACAAACGUGGAUUACCCCCUCGGCACUCUCUUGUACGAGAGAUGGCUAAUUACCUUCUUUCACAACGUGGAAAUCAACAGGUUGGAGAGAAAUGGGUCUAUAAUCUCAUUCAACGUCGCCCAGAGAUUGAAUCAAAAUUUUCACGGAAAUAUAACUACGAGCGUGCUAAAUGCGAAGAUCCGAAGUUAAUCCAAGAAUAUUUUGAUCGCGUACGAGAGGUUAUAUCAAAGUACGGAAUCUUACUAGAAGAUAUCUGCAAUUUUGAUGAGACUGGCUUUGCUAUGGGACUCUGUGCAACCGCAAAGGUUAUUACUGGAAGCGAUCGAUAUGCUCGGCCAAAGCUAUUACAGCCUGGAAAUCGAGAAUGGGUGACUGCAAUUGAGGUAAUUAAUUCAACUGGAUGGGCCCUGCCUUCAUAUAUCAUUUUCAAGGCAAAGAAAUAUACUUGGUUAGGCUGGUUUGAGGAUCUUCCUGAUGACUGGAGAAUCAAUAUCAGUGAUAAUGGAUGGACUACAGAUAAGAUUGGGUUAGAAUGGCUUAAAACCCAUUUUAUUCCUCUUACUAAUGGCCGUGCAAUGGGAAAUUAUCGCAUGUUAAUUCUUGAUGGCCAUGGAAGUCAUUUGACUGCUGAAUUUGACCGUACAUGCACUGAGAAUAAUAUUAUUCCACCUCUUGAUGUUGGCUGUUUUGCUGUUUUAAAGCGACAUUAUGGACAGCUUGUUGAGCAGCAAAUGAGGCUUGGAUUUAAUCAUAUUGAUAAACUUGACUUUCUUACUGCAUUCCCAAAGGCUCGUACGAUGGCAUAUAAAGCCCAAACUGUUCGGAAUAGCUUUACAGUAACUGGAUUAGUACCAUUCAAUCCAGAUUGA